GCUGAACUGGCAAGCAUGGUGCAAAAGCAAGCUGAUGAAGAUGUACUAAAACUGAUUGAAGAGCAGAAGAGGGAAAAAGAGGCUGCUAUCACAAAUAUACUUCAAUUAGAGAAACGGCUGGACCAGAAGCAACAACUUGAGUUGGAAAUAGAGCAAUUGAAAGGACAGUUAUUGGUUCUUAAGCAUUUGGAAGGCGAAGAUGAUGUAGAUCUACAUGAGAAGAUGGAGAAAGUCAAUGAGAAGUUGCGACAAGAAAGGGAAGAGCUGGAACUCCUGAACAACUCUUUGGUCAAAAAAGAGCGUGAGAGCAAUGAUGAGUUGCAAGAAGCUCGCAAAGAGUUGAUAGCAGUGAGGAUCCUUUUCCCCUUCAUUUCAGUUUGGGGUUAAUUCUGGAUAGACCCC